GAUUGCUGAGGGCAGAGUGAGUACAACCGACGGCCGCUCAGUGCUUCGAAACCGCAGGCAUGGACGAGGUGUGGAUGGUAUCUCUGUGCCUGACUUUCUUCGCCUUCAUAAUUGCCCUCUUGUCGCUGAGGAAGUCCGAAGAUGUGCCCGAGAGCGUAGCUAAGGCCAAGGAGCAGCGGAGCCCCGAGAUUGCUCCCUCCUCGCCCCAGCCGGCCGCCCGCUAUAUGGAUCUGACUCUGGAAGACAUCGAGAAGUCGCUGGAGCGCUUGGGAGCGGUGCUGGGCAUAGAAGCGCACGGCGUCAAGGCACCGCCGGCCUCCGAUUCCGACUGUCAAGCAUCGCUGUCCGGCUCCGAGGAGCAGCCACAUCGGCGCGGGGGGAGGGGAGCAGCACCCCCGGAGUGGGUAGAACAUAGCGGCGCUGAGGCCUGGAGUCGCCCCGAGAGACAGGUCAAGAUUGGACCUUCAGAGCAGAUAGACCCUCGGAGACAUGGCGGAGGAGAAGGGAGUGAAAUCCUGGAGCAUCUACCUGCAGCUACUGCAACGCAAAAUAUAAUGGAACAGAUUGAGCAAGCUGUCCAGGAGACACUAGAUCACAACAGGGAGCGCUCAGAAUUUAUUAGAGUAAGACGGGCACCACCUGCUCCACAACUUGAAACUCCACCUAGGGAUGAUGUGCUGCAGUACAAAAACCCGUAUUCCUCUGACUAGACUUUGCUCAGUCUGGGGUGGCUUUCAUGCUGUUACGUCAACUUCUUGAGUGACCUUCGAUCUUUGAGGGAUCUAACCGGCAGGGGUUGUUGUCUUGCUUAGUUGUUCUUGAACUUCAUAGAUGCUGCUGGAUUUGGGUCACCUUUCUAUUUUAAUUGAAAAUAUUACAAUUGAAAACAAGAACAUGCAUUUUAAAAGUAUUUGCAAGGAUGAUAAAUGUAUUUUAUUUGAUGCAUCUUUGAACAGUCUUAAUCUCUGGUACGCUUGUGGUUACACACCAUGUGAAGAUAAUCCCACAAGCCUCACGCCAGGAUCUCUGUUCUGGUAGCUAUUAUUGCAGGAUUUUGUUUCAUUUCAAAUUGAAAAGUGAAGUGUUGAGGAAUUUAUACUCAUGACUGUUGCUUAGCUUGAGACCUGUUAAUAUGCUUGAGUUAGUUGGGUGACACUUUGCAACACUACAGGUGAGACACCUGCUGUAUAUGGUACCCUUUUCUAUAUUAUCUCCAUUAUUUAUAUGAUAUGGAGUGAAAAAAAUUGUAAACCACGGUGAUUAGCAUGCUUUUUGACCCAUGUGGUGUGAUAUUUUUUUUUCCAAAUUUCAAUUUUAACUUGUGGUAAAAUUCAGUUGUGCUAUCAACAUCUUUUUAAAAAGUUAAAGAUGAGUAUUAGUCGGAGCCCUCUCCCCCCACCUCUUCAUGCUUUAGCUCUCCACCCUGUCCCCCGCUACUCAGCACCGUACAACACAGUGAGAAGAAUUUUCCCCUUUGGGGGGGGAGUGCAGGAACAGGCACGUGCAGGCAUGCCUCCGAUCGGCGC